ACACAGAAAGUGGUGAACAGCUGUACGAGUGUCCAAUGUGCAGUCUUACCUGUACAAACAUUCAGAUUCUUGAAGAACAUGUGGAUUUACACCUAGAGGAACAUAGCUUUUCAGAAGGUGGAAACAUAAGAGAUCUAGAACUGGCUCAGCGACUCCAAAUUGAAGAAGAUAAACGGCAGAGAUCAGAAGAAGAGAAGCGGGAGAGAGAGGAGUUUAAAAAGCUGCAGAGACAGUAUGGAUUGGAUAAUUCUGGAGGCUACAAGAAGCAAUUCAUAAAGAAUAUGGAAAGGGAAGUUGAUAGAGGAAGGAUGCAGCCUUUUGAAUAUCACAAGAGGAAAGCUGACAUGAUGGAAUGUUUGGCCUUUGGUAUAGAUGAUGGGAAAACAAAGACCUCAGGAGUCAUUGAAGCAUUGUGCAAGUACUAUCAGAAUGAAAACAAAGAUGUAAGGCAUGUGUGGCUUUCAACAGGAGUAGAUCACUUCCACUCAUCUUUGGGCGACAGAGGCUGGGGUUGUGGUUACAGGAAUUUCCAAAUGCUCCUUUCCUCACUGUUGCAGAACAGCUUGUAUAACGACUGCUUGAGAGAUACUGCACUAAUUCCUAGUAUACCAAAGAUUCAGUCCAUGAUUGAAGAUGCCUGGAGAGAAGGCUUUGAUCCUCACGGGGCAUCUCACUUCAACAACAGAUUACAUGGUUCCAAAGCAUGGAUAGGAGCAUGUGAAAUUUAUUCACUGUUAACCAAUCUCAGGAUAAAGUGUCAAAUCAUUGACUUUCACAAACCAACUGGCCCUAUGGGUACACAUCCUCGUUUAUUCGAGUGGAUUUUGCGUUACUAUUCUACAGAUAAUGAAGGUGGUGCAAAGGUAGUGUGUACUUCCAAACCACCUGUCUACUUGCAGCAUCAAGGUCAUAGUCGUACUGUUGUUGGAAUAGAAGAGAAGAAGAAUAAAACCUUAUGUUUGCUCCUGUUUGACCCGGGAUGUCCUUCCCAAGAAAUGCAGAAACUGCUAAAACAAAACAGUGAUGGUACUAAUCUCAAACUACUCCGGAAAUUUGUGGGUAGCCUAAAAGAAAAGCAAUACCAGAUAGUGGCUGUAGAUGGUGUACUGUCAUUGGAAGAGAAGGCUGCUCGCUGCCGUGCUUCACAGGUCUUAACAUCAGAGAAGAUUCCUUAA